AUGCUACGUGCUGCGUGUAGACCGGCCAGAUGCGCUGCCAUUCUCGCUGCUCGUCGCUAUCUAUCGAAUGGACCCACCCGAGCAUCGACAAUCGGCUUCAUUGGCUUGGGAGCCAUGGGCCAGCAUAUGGCUAACAACCUCGUCAAAGCGAGCUUCACGACCAACAAAGAGGCUGCCUUCAUCGUGCACGAUCAUAGCACGAGUGCAUCAGAGACAUGGGCUCAGAAUGCCAAGUCUCUCUUCCCGGGUAGGGUCAUACAGACCCUCCAAACGCCCGCAGAAGUCGCCGCAAGUGCUCAGACGAUCUUUACCAUGCUGCCGAGCUCACCCCAGGUGCUACAAGUCUAUACCAGCCCUGAGAAUGGCCUUUUGGCUGGUCUAGCCAGACUGAACGAAGAGACGCGCCGAGCGACUACGUUGGUAGACUGCACCACGCUCGACCAGGCCGUCUCGCUGUCGGUGAAUGAGCAAGUAGCAAGUGCAGGCGCAGCUAUGAUCGAUGCCCCCGUCUCCGGGGGUGCAGUCGGUGCGCAAGAGGCCACGUUAUCGUUCAUGCUAGGCGGUGCGCAAGCGCCCAAAGACAUCGCACGUCCUCUUUUGCGAGCAAUGGGCAAGAAUAUCUUCGACUGUGGCCUGGCAGGGGCGGGCUUAGCUGCGAAGAUCGCAAACAAUCUCUUGCUCGGUAUUUCCAUGUGCGCCGUCUCGGAAGCCUUCAUACUGGGUCAGAAGCUGGGCUUGUCGCCUGCUGUGCUCGCAUCCGUCAUCAAUGCCUCUUCCGGCCGAUGCUGGGCUAGCGAGAUCAACAAUCCAGUCUCGGGUGCUCUGGCAUACGCCGGCCGGACUUCGCCUGCCGAUCGCGCCUAUGAGCCCGGCUUCAAGCUCGCUCUCAUGGCCAAGGAUCUAGGGCUCGCGGCUGAAGCGAUCAAGAAGCACGACUUGCAGCUCUCGCUUAGCGAAUACUCUUAUGAAGUCUACAAGAACUUAGCAACGAAUGAAGUCAUUGCGUCACGCGACUUUUCAGCCAUCUAUCAAGUCCUGCUAGGGGCAAAUGGCGGAGAAAUCACCGUUGAACCCGGCGUAGUCGACGCAAGCGGUACCAAGUCUUGA